AUGAAUUAAAUUGAUGAAGACAUAUAAUUUGAAGAAAUAACAAAGAGAAAAUAAUACUAAUUGAUUUGUUUACUAUUAGCUAAGGAUAUCAAAUUAUAUAAUCUCUUUUAAUAUUAAAAUCAAUAACCUUUAUUACAUAAUUUACUAAUUGAAAAGUAAGUUGAAGUAGCUCAUUAUGUGAUUAAUCUAAUUUAAAAUUACAGUUAAAACCCUUUAUAUAUACUUGAUUAACCAAACCAAAUAUAAUAAACUCCUUUUCUUAUUGCAUGUUAUUUUGGAUAAUUGUCAAUUAUUAAACAUCUAAUGAAAUUAGGUGUUAAUAUUAAUAUAAAAGAUCAUAAUGAUUUUACUCCAUUGUUGUUUGCCAUUAAAUAAAAUUAAACCUAUAUUGCUAUAUAUUUGAUAUAUAAGUAAAAAUAUGAUUAUAUAAAAAAGAGGGGCAGAAGUAUUUGUAAAAGAUCUUAAUGGAUGUAGUUUAGCUCAUUGGUCUGCAUUUAAUAAUAAUUUAUUUAUGUUGAAGAUAUUGAAAAAUCUGUUUAAAUUUAAUGUUUUUGAGUUGGAUAAGAAAUAAAAAACUCCAUUAUCAAGAGCUUAAGAAUAAUUAUCUUAUGAGUGUUCAAAUUAUCUUAGAAGUUUAUUAAAGAAAAAUAAUGGGCGUAGUAAAUAUUUAACAUAUCUUAAAUUAUAUUAUCAAUAACACUUAUGUUUUAUUGUAAUAACAACUUUAAAUUUAUUCAUCUUAUCUAAAUUUACUGAGUUUAAAGAACCAAUUUUAAAACAUGGAUCACUUUUUUUAUAAUUGUAUAAUAUAUUCUUUAACUUUAUUCUAUUUUAUAUUAUAGAGAAUGCAUCUAUUGCUAAAGAUGCAUUUUAUUAAAAUAAUAGAAAUAAUGUCUCUAGUUUUAAUAUUUCAAAUGAAGGAUUUGGAGAUGCAUAAGGAUGUUUAGAAAUUGAUCAAACAUUUGUUCCAUUUAUAUAAGAUGAAUAAAAUAAUAAUCAAUCUAUGAGUUUAAUUUGUGAUAGCAUGGUUGAAAUAGAAGUAAAAUUUUAAGUUAUUAAUGAGAAACCAUUUAUAAAACAUAUUAUAUAAUCAAUUGAUUAAGGUACAUAAAUACUAUUUGAACCUGAUUAAUUAUGUUUAGAUUGUAUGAUAGUAAAAUUGCCAAGAACAGAACAUUGUGAUUAUUGCAAAUGUUGUCAUCCAAAUUUUUAAUUGCAUUCAACUUUUUAUAAGAAAUGUUUAUAAGAUGAUGGAAUUUAUUUGUUUUACUUUACUUUAAUAAUUACAUAGUUUAUAGGAUUUAUAAUUUAUUUGUGUAAGUUAUGAUGAUUAUAAUAGUUAUAAGAUUCCUAUGCGUAAAGUAUUCAUUUCAAAUUUGAUGAAAUAGAAAUCAAUUUCACUUUUUUUAUUGCUAUUUUUAUAAUAAUCUUGAUUAUUCAUCAAUAUAUAUAUAUUGUUGUAUUAUUAUAUGGAAUUGUUACAAAUAAAACUUAGUAUUUGAAUAAUUAUUAUAUUUAGUUUUGAAAUAAUGAAUUUAGAAAAAUGUUGGUACAAAUAUAGAACCAUCAUAUAGCCUAAUGGUUUAGGAGCAAGAGUAUUAAAAUGA